AUGACUGGAGGCAAACGGCACGCGCCAAAACACCAGCAGAAGGAGCAGCAGAGGCCGCGAAGGCAACGGCCUGAGAAACGUCCUCAGCUGACUCAUUUCCUAUGUUUACCACUUGUCAACUCUACAUCGCUUCCGCAGCUCGAAGCGUCGAUUGCGGCGUUCAAAACUGCUUACCCGCCAGUCCCAUUCGCGGACUUCAGACACAGCCAGCAUCAGACACCGGAGCAAGAUGCCUCACAUGCAUUCAUCCCGGAAGGCGCUGUGCGGCCCGUCGGGACCCUGCAUCUUACUUUAGGAGUUAUGAGUCUCACAAACAAAGAACGACUCGACGAGGCACUUGCGUUCUUCAAAGCACUCGACCUGGUGAGCUUGAUGCGGGAGGCGGAGCGAGUGGCCGAUGAAGCACGACAAGAGCGUGACCUCAAACCCUCUUCUAGAUUUAUUCCAGAUUCUGCGGACUCAUCCCUCCAAUUGAACUCUGACGCUGGCUCAACAGAGGCCACGCGACCGUUUUCUGUUUCUUUGGAAUCCUUGCAUGCUUUGCCGAGGGCGAAAGCUGCAACGGUUUUGCACGCUUCUCCGGUUGACCCCACGGGCCGAUUAUACCCGUUUUGUCUAAUGUUACGUGACAAGUUUAUCGAGGCUGGCUUUAUGCAAGCCGAAUCAAAAAACGGACUGCCUGGGGAGAAGGGAGUACAGACUGUCCCUGAUAUCCAGGAGAAAACAAGAGCCUCGAGCUGUGAAGACUUGGUUGGUGAUGACAGGGCCCUGCUUGACGAGCUGCCAAAGCCACUCUCAGAAACUGAGGGUGUUGCUGCUCCAAAUAAUCAAGAUCCCUACGCUGCUGCUCUGGCUCGCAAGCCAAGACCACGUCCUCUCCUCCUGCAUGCAACACUCGUGAAUACAAUCUACGUCCGUGGCCGGCGCAAAAUUGAGUCUAGCGACACGACGAAAUCCACCAAGAAGGGGAAGAAUACGCCGAAGCGGCUUGAGUUCGAUGCACGGGAUCUCCUGGCCAGAUACCGGGACUACUAUGUUGAUGAGGCACGGCGGACAACGCGCGUUAGCACCGCUACUCAACCUGGGAUCUCAACUGAAUCUCCCUCGCUUUCUAGGUUGGUCUCGGAGGAGCACGAGGUUGGACCCCAGCGCAAGAACGCAACUGCAACGUCUCGAUCUCAAUACCCCUUUGUCUGGGCGCACGAGAUCCCACUUGAUUCGGUCUGUAUUUGUGAAAUGGGAGCGAAAAAGCUCGAUAUUGGCGGCCCUGAGGAUCAGGGGUGGAACGCACGUUUGGGUGAGAAAUAUACUGUUAUCGCAGAACGAAGUCUUGAUUCCUCACCGCGGCCGUCACCCACGGGAAAGGAGAGCGAAAAAGUAUGGAUGGAGGUGUGA